AUGAACAGACAUGGCUACUCCAAUUCAGGCGCAUAUCCGCUGGGCGGGCGCUCGCAGUUUUCCAUCGAACCUCACAAAUUCGCUCCCCGCUCACAGCCCGCCGUGCGACGACGUCGUCAGCUCAUGCUGCGACUGGCCUUGAUCGGCUCUCUUGUGCUGGCCGCCAUCUUCCUCUUCUUCCCCUCGACGCGCCAGGCCGUACUACCCGCCCUGUCACUCGGCCUGUUCUCCGGAGGCCAGCAGCUCCAGCUUGAGACUGUCCGAUACUACGAUCUCGCCAAUGUUCAGGGCACUGCAAGAGGCUGGGAGCGCGAAGAGAGAAUCCUCCUUUGCGCUCCUCUCAGAGACGCUUCUCCUCAUCUGCCCAUGUUCUUUUCUCAUUUGCGCAACUUGACCUACCCCCACCACCUCAUCGACCUGGCCUUCCUCGUUGGUGACUCCAAGGAUAAUACUCUUACCCUGCUCUCUGAUCUUCUGGCCCAGUUGCAGGCUAGCGAGAAGGACGGCAUGCCCUUUGGCGAGGUCUCGGUCAUCGAGAAGGACUUUGGACAAAAGGUCAACCAGGAUGUCGAGAGUAGACACGGUUUCGCUGCCCAGGCUAGCAGAAGAAAGAGCAUGGCCCAGGCACGUAACUGGCUUCUGAGUGCAGCUCUGCGCCCCACACAUAGCUGGGUCUACUGGAGAGAUGUCGAUGUCGAGACGGCUCCAUUCACGAUUUUGGAAGACUUGAUGAGACACAACAAGGAUGUCAUUGUACCGAACGUUUGGAGACCUCUACCCGAUUGGCUUGGUGGUGAACAGCCCUAUGACCUCAACUCGUGGCAAGAGUCCGAGACUGCCCUGGCUCUUGCCGACACGCUCGACGAAGACGCUGUCAUCGUAGAAGGUUAUGCAGAAUACGCCACUUGGCGACCUCAUUUGGCUUACCUGCGCGACCCUUACGGCGACCCGGACAUGGAGAUGGAGAUUGAUGGUGUUGGUGGUGUCAGUAUCUUGGCCAAGGCAAAGGUCUUCCGCUCCGGCGUCCAUUUCCCUGCCUUCAGUUUCGAGAAGCACGCAGAGACCGAGGGAUUCGGCAAGAUGGCAAAGCGCAUGCAAUACUCGGUAGUGGGUCUUCCUCACUACACGAUUUGGCAUCUCUACGAGCCCAGCUUGGACGACAUCAGGCACAUGGAAGAGAUGGAAAAGGAGAGGAAAGCACGCGAAGAGGAAGAGAACAAGAAGAAGGAGACGAUGGACAAGAUCCAGUCUCAAUUCGAUGACACAGCGAGCGAAUGGGAGAAGGACAAGUCGGAGAUUGUCGAUGCUCAGAAAGCCGCAGAUGCCGCAAAGGAUGUGGUCGGUGGUGUUAAGAAUGCCGCUGGCAAUGCCAAAGAAGUGGUCAAGGAGGCGGCUGGAGAAGCCAAAGCUGCAGCGAAGGAGGCAGCCGAGGGCGUCAAAGAUGCUGACAAAGCCGAGAAGGCAGCUGGAGCAGUUGUGAAAGACAAGGGCGCUGCGGCGUAA